CCUCGAAGUUCUCAGUUGAGUGUGAGAGAAGAGGAGAGAGUUUAGAGAGGAAAGAGGAGAAGAAAAGGUGAGCUGAGGUGGGCUGGUCCUCCGUUGGUCGAGCCUGCAGCCGUCAUGGCUCGCUACCUGAACUACUUCACCACUGUGGGAGACAAGCAGCAGGUCCAGUGGGAGGAAGAGGAGCUGCACGCCGUCAGUGAGGAUCUGAGUCCAGCUACGGGACAGUUUCCUACAACUUUCAGCUUCAGGGAGUCGCUGCAAAGACUCUACAACUCUGAGCGCUUCCAGAUCCUGGUGGUGUGUUUGGUCAUCCUUGAUGCCAUCUUUGUUCUGGCGGAGCUGCUUAUAGAUCUGUCUGUUAUUGAGCUGGACCAUGGUCACCUGGCUCCUGAGAUAUUCCACUACCUGAGCUUGGCUCUUCUCACGUUCUUCAUGGUGGAGCUGGCUGGGAAGCUGUUUGCUUACCGCCUGGAGUUCUUCCAACACAAGUUUGAGGUGUUUGACGGUGUGGUGGUGGUGCUGUCCUUCAUAUUGGACAUCGUGUUCAUCUUCCAUGAAGACGCCUUCGAUGGGGUGGGUCUCCUCAUCCUGCUGCGACUCUGGAGGGUGGCCAGAAUCAUCAACGGUAUCCUGCUGUCAGUGAAGACCCGAGCAGACCAGAAGAUCCACAAGCUGAAAGAGAGCUACGACCACCUGGUUCAAAGAGUAACAGAGCUACAGGAACGCAGUGAUAAACAGGAACAAGAGAACCAGAAACUUCAAGCCCUCCUGAAGAAGCACGGCAUAGAUACUUAACUCAUCAAGAUAACUGUUGUGAAGCUACUGUUUAAAGGCAUUUAUACCACGUACCUUUCUGCACUAUUGGCAAAUUAUACAUUCCAGUAUAAACGUUUGUUUUAGACCUGA